UGCUCAUCAACCUCAGGCCUAUCUUUCUGCCUACCAAGAAAUAGUCCUUUUUGUCGUCUAACAUAGUCGCAUCACGUAUAUCGACGUUGCCAUCGCGAUACGACUGCCAAGAUGGACGCCGCAACGAUCGAAGAGACGAACAGAAUUCGUAUCUCCCUGGGAAUGAAGCCUCUGCCUGUCCCAGGAGCAGAUAACACCAGUCAAACUCAGUCAAUGUACGCGGAUGGCGAUGCACCUAGCACACUGGAGAGCCGCCAAGCUCAGGCCUACGACAACUACAAUAAGGUGAUUGAAGCGGAAAAGGCAAAGAAGAAGCGCGAAGAGAAAGCCGCAGCUAUCCGAAAAGCCCGGGAGCAGGCGCAACGAAAUGCAGUUCUGGAAGGCAAAGGCUUCGGAGAAGUCGAAGAGGGUGGCGAUCUUAGCGCCAAAGACUGGCUCAUUGGACAAAAGAAGCGACAGAAGAAGAUCGCCAAAGUCAGGAAAUUGGAGGAGGAGCUGGCCGCAGCCGAGGCUGAAGCUGCUGCAGCAGUCCAGUAUACUUCCAAGGAUCUUGCUGGUAUCAAAGUUGGACAUGACACAGCGGAUUUCCUCGAUGGCGACGACCAAAUUCUCACCCUCAAGGAUACAACCAUUGAUGAGAACGAGGAAGAAGGCGAUGAGCUGGAGAACCUGAACAUGCGCGAGGCCGAAAAGCUUGCCGAGAGACUUGACAAUAAGAAGAAGAAACCAGGUUACAACCCUCUCGAUGACGACGAGGAGGGUGAGCGUGGUAUUCUAUCACACUACGAUGAAGAGAUCGAGGGCAAGAAAUCCAAGAAGUUCACCCUUGACACAAGUGGCGUCAUUGCAGAGCUCUCAGAUAUUCUUGAGAAACCGGUUGACAAGACAAAGAACGGCCAGAACGUGAGCUUGGACGACGUUAUUGGUGAUGCCCCUAUUUCUUCAGACUAUAUAGACCCCUCACAGAUCAAAGUCAAGAAGCCUAAAAAGAAGAAGGGCAAGAAGGGGACCAGACAAAAGCCCACAGACGAUGACGAUCUCUUUCCCAUUGAAACAACACCCAUAGAUGACGCGAUGGACAUUGACUCAAAAGACACGACGACUAAGAAGAGAAAGGCAGUCGAUGAUACUUUUGUGGAUGACGACGACCUUCAAGCAACACUCGCGAUCCAAAGAAAGAAUGCCUUGAAGAAGCGAAAGAAGACCCGGCCCGAAGACAUCGCCCGGCUGCUUAAGGAGGAAGAUAACGAGCCAGAACCAGCAGAGCAACCAGAGGGUGGCCUUGUUCUCGAUGAAGUCUCGGAGUUUGUUGCAGGCCUAAGUAAACCCGGCGAAAACGAAGAGCGCAAGCCCAGAAGACCGAAGACUGUAUCAAAGUCCCCAGAACCCGAUGACGAUCACCCCAUGGGCGACGAUGCAGAAGUGGUUGAAGAGAAGCCCCAGCCAUCGGCUGUCGAGGAGUUGGAUGAGACGGGCGUCGAAGAAGAGAAGGCCGUUGGUGCAGGUAUGGGUGCGGCUCUCGCGCUAUUAAGAGAGCGUGGUCUCGUGGAAGAUACGCGUGGAGACGCGGAAUAUACCAGCUUGCGAAACCGAGAAGACUUCCUCGCCAAGAAGCGUCUUUUGGAAGAAGAGCUGGACGAGCAGGCACGCGCCCAGCGAGAGCGUGACCGUACAAGUGGCAAGCUGGAUAGAAUGUCAGUUCGUGAGCGUGAGGAGUGGGCACGUCAACAAAAUACCUGGCGAGAUCAGCAGCAGUCUCGACGCAUGGCCGAGCUGUUCUCAGCAGGAUACAAACCCAACGUCGACAUCAAGUACACCGAUGACCACGGCCGUUCUCUUGACCACAAGGAGGCGUUCAAGUACAUGAGCCACAAGUUCCAUGGCAAGGGAAGCGGCAAGGGCAAGACAGAGAAACGGCUCAAGAAGAUUGAGGACGAGAAGCGACGCGAAGCACAGAGCAUGUUUGACGCAAGUUCUGCCGGUAUGAGUCUGGCAGCUCAACAGCAGCUCAAGAAGCGACGGGAAGCUGGCGUACGACUUGCAUAAUUCACUUGACUUUUUAUCACAGAAUGGAGUUGGGGGCUACGAAUAGUAAUACCGGCAAUGGACAAUUCAGAUCAACGAAAAGAUUUAGAUCCAAGGUAUGUUUUGUAUUCAACUAACUCUGCCCUAGGCUCCUGUCCCCCCCCCUUUACUUGUUUCCCACGGAGACCCCUUUUUGAUAACCCCUUGAUUCUCUCAGUCCCCAGGAAAAUACGAGUUCAAAGCAUGAGCUUCAAGUGAAACAUUGCCCCUAUCAUCAUUUCUUUACGAUAACCUGGCCUUUGUUCUCAGCCGCCAUCUCAUUCCAGGUCCUCUUCAUGUCUCUCAUUGCCUCAUCCACCUCCCCUUCCAUAGCCUGCGCCAUCUUCAAAGCCAGGGUUGACCCCUGAUCUGACUUACUAGCCGAUGAUGAGAACAAUGGCAGGGGGGUCGUACUGUCGUGGUGGCUGGAGUUGUUUAUCUUGGUAAAUGUGAGUCCAGGAGGGAGUUGAGAAGACAUGAUUGUUCGUGAAAUCGAGAACCUAGAAUGAUUAGCCGAUGAACUGUUUGUGACUUACCUGCAAAGCCUGCCUGCUGGAGAUGAUGUAAGGAUGGUUAGUUGAAUGGUUCUUGGUGUCAGGGCUGGCACAAACGAGCUUCUUAUACCAAGAUGCUCGUUGUUAGUGGUCUGCGAAUAUGUGAAGGUUCAACGAACAUCACCUUUGUUGAGAAAAUGACCUUGGUGAUUUUCUUCCUUGUGUGCUCUACAUAUACGUAGUUGUUCGUAGAAUCAGUAAAGCUGAACUGCUGGAAAAAGUUGCUGUUCGCUUCAACUCUUUCAAACAACGCAUAGUUUAGAAACAGAACCCCAGUAUAUGUCAUG